UCCUCCCCUGAGCCCCAGGUGGCCCCGUCGUCGGAAUACCCAACCCUCCCCAGCUGCACCAGGGGGUGCUCCCCUUACCGGAUUUUGCCUCUGGGGGGGAGAAUGCGGCCUCAAGGGGUUGCCUUCGUGGCCCUGCCGCUCCUGGGACCCACCCUGGUCUGGCUGCUCACCCAUCGGUGGAUGUCUGGUUGGUGUAACAACCUGAGGAAGCCACCCUGGUACCCAUCCCACAGAGCCCUGCUGCUGGUGUGGACGGCUUUCUACUCUCUCACAGGCUAUGCCUCCUACCUGGUGUGGAAGGAGCUGGGAGGGGGCCUUGGGUGGCCCCUGGCCCUGCCCCUUGGCCUCUACUCUGUGCAGCUUGCCGUCAGCUGGACCGUCCUGAUCCUCUUUUUCGUGGCCCACAGCGCAGGUCUGGCCCUGCUGCACCUGCUGCUGCUCUUCGGACUGGUGGUGAGCAUGGCACUGAUCUGGCACCCCAUCAACAAGCUGGCUGCCCUGCUCCUGCUGCCCUACCUGGCCUGGCUCACCGUGACCACUUCCAUCACCUACCGCCUGUGGAGGGACAGCCUUUGUCCAGGGCACCAGCCUCGGCUCAUGGGGGAGAAGAACGACUGAGGCAUUCGGGUCGGGGGCGGGGGUGGGGAGGCACCCAGGGGAGAGGAGGGAGGGCGAGGGCUUGAUGAGUUCCUGAAGGUGACGGCCCCCAGUGUGGCCACCGUCCAGGGUGCCCUGGUGCCACUUUCCAUUAGCAUUCAGAGACCCUGGGAAGAGGGAGGAAACAUUUUACCCAGAAUGUAAAUGAAUAAAUCCUAUACCAAUAAGAA